GUUCAACAGGGUCGUCUUCCAUCCUUCGGCUCACAAUACUACCCAGGCUUCUUCGGCUUUGGUCUGGGAGGCCUUAUGGGAUCGGGCUCGUUGAUGUCUUCCACACCCCUCCAACCGAAUCCCACUCACACCCAGUUGAUAUCACAACUGCUGAGGGCGGAGCCGAUCCUGCACAAUGAGUUGUUUCGUGCCGACCUACACGACAUCAAGGCUAGUCUAAUCCAGUACAUAACGAGCUUGGAGGCGAACUCUGCACACACCGAGCUGGCGGAUCCUAAAGGCGCGGCGGAGGGAACGCGGAUGGAGGAACGGUGUACGCGGUUUCUCAUUAACCAUGUCAACUGGGCUCGACAGACGCCCUUCUUUGCCAGUUUAUGCAUACAGGAUCAGAUAAGUCUGCUGAAGUCCGCAUGGCCAGAAAUCUUCCUUCUUAGCCUGGCACAAGUGGGUCCGCUAGUGCUAUUAGGACUCCCCGUGGAAAGACCUCAGCCACCCACCCCUGUUCCCAGGCAGAUGCCUAUCAAACAUCCAAACAACUCUGAUCCCAACAGCUCCACGAUGAAGCAAGAAAUCGGCGUCUCGCAUACAUUUUCCCAGGCAGGCCUCUGUCCGUUCCCAGGAAUGUUCGCAAAGCCAACAGAGGUGCAGCAAACCUCAGACACUCAGCGAACCGAGAGGGACCACCACCGAAACAGCCAAAUGCGACUGCUGUGUGAAAGUAUUGGCUGCGUCGCCAACCUUCAACUAGAUGCGGUUGAAUGCGCCUGUCUCAAGAGCCUACUACUCUUCAAUCCAGGUGAGUACGUCCUGCCGCGGAGGCGACAGUUUUGA